AUGAGCAGACGAGACCCGCUCAGUCUCUUGGAACUUGCAGCGCAGAGCCUGCUGAGUGAUGAGGACUCAGCUGUGCGUGCCCUGGCAGAGCUCCCUGUGGGCCUCUUCCCAGCACUGUCCACUGCGGCCUUUGAUGGGGGCCACACGAAGAUGGUGACAGCGAUAGUACAGGCCUGGCCCUUCCCCUGCCUCCAUCUGGGAUCACUACGGGAUCAGUCGAUAACUCAAGACCUGUUGGAAGCUGUGCUAGAUGGGCUGUGGAGAUCAAAGCUAAAGGUGCUGGAUUUUACCCAUGACUUUGAGCACUCCAACUGGGAGGAAUGCUCAGAGACCUCGUCCGCACCAUUUGUCAUCACACACAUGCUAGAAGAUCCAGAGGCAGACCAGCUCAUGCCCACCUCCAGGGAACAGCCUCAGCGUGACCGAGAACCUGUGGAAAUACACACAGACCUGUUCUUAGGUGGUUUGUUUGGUUUCUUCCACCUGUCUGGGUUCUCCUCUUACAUAUUGCAGACAGUUGAGAAGAGCCACGGGUGUCUGCGCCUCCACUGCCGGACACUGGUCAUUAACCAGGUGCCAUUCCGCAGCCUCAUCGAGAUUCUGGGCAUGCUGGACCUGGAGGCCAUCCGAGAGGUGCGGCUACAUCACAGGAAUAGGUUCUGCUUCCUGUCAGACCUGAUCCAGUUCUUUACCCAGGUAGGGCAGAUGCGCAACCUGGGCAAUCUCAUCAUGAGUGAUAUCCCGUGGGACUUUCCUACUGACUGUUUCUCCCUGCUGAGUCCCCUGGGCCACCUCCGAAAGCUGCACCUCAUCUUUGGCUGUCUCUCAGGACAACUACAUAGGAUACUCAGCGGCCUGAAGAAACCACUGGAGACCCUGGUGAUCAAUGGAUGUAGACUUACUGAGAAUGAUAUCACCUACUUGUCCCAGAGCAUUCAUGCCACCUGCCUGAAGGAGUUGGUUCUGUGUAGCAAUAACCUGUCCCAAACGGUUCCCGGGCCCCUAGAGGUUCUGCUGGGUGAGGUAUCAGGCACCCUGCAGCACCUGAACUUGAGAAGCUGCAAGUUGAAGGAAGCCCAACUCAGAGCCCUCCUGCCUGUGCUGUGCUGCUGCUCCUGUCUCCACUCCCUUGUCUUCUACGACAACGUCAUUUCCACCUCAGGCAUCAUGAACAUGCUUCAACACUUAGCAGGUCUGAAGGAACUGAAGCGUGUGCAGUACCCUGUCCCUGCUGAAUGCGUUGUGUACUUGGAUGAAUAUAGGUGGGAGAACCUCAACAGAGUGGAGCUUGCCCGUGUGCACACCAAGUUGCAGGAGAUGUUGCAAAUGCUACAGCGGGCUGAUGUGGAAUUGACUAAUUCCACCUCAAUGGCCUAA